AUGAUUUCAGAUGCAGGAUUGGUAGGUUCAAGGCCAAAAGAGACACCCAUGGAGCAAACCCUCAAACUAACAAGUACUGAGUUUGAUGAAUGUCUGAAGACUGAUGACAAUGAUAAACCUUUAGAGGACAGCGGGAGAUUUCAAGGACUGAUUGGCAAGCUAUUGUACCUGACAAUAACAAGGCCAGACAUUGCAUAUGCAUUUCAAUGUCUAAGCCAAUUUAUGCAUUCACCUAAGAAAUCACAUUAUGAGGCAGCACUACAUGUGGUUAGAUACAUAAAGAAUCAGCCAGGACUUGGGUUGCUAAUGUCAAGCAAAAGUGAGCAAAAAAUAGAAGCAUAUUGUGACUCGGAUUGGGCUUCUUGUCCCAUGUCCAGAAAGUCAGUCACUGGGUAUUGCAUCAAGCUCGGGAGUUCACUCAUUUCCUGGAAAGCAAAGAAAUAG